AUGUCACCCAUGCCCAAGAGGAAAAACCUCUUCCUCUGUCUCGACGCCUUCGGCACCCUCUUCACACCUACGAAACCCAUCCCAGUAACUUACGCCGAAGCUGCCCUCAAGCAUGGCAUCGCAAUAAACACGCCCGAACCCGCCACCCAAGUAUCCUCAUCCUUCAAAUCCGCAUUCAAGCGCCUAUCAUCAGAGCACCCAAACUAUGGCCGGGCUACAGGCAUGGGUGCAGAAAAAUGGUGGAACAAAGUAAUAAAAGAAACCUUCACGCCAUUCCUGGCUCCAAACCAAAAUCUCCCAAAGUACCUCGUCCCAGAGCUCCUCCACACCUACUCGUCACGUAAGGGGUAUACACUGUACCCCGACGUCCUCCCCUUCUUCCGCAUGAUUCAGCAUAUGAAAGCGCACAGGAGACGUAACGGCACUUCUCAUGGACUCUGGCCCUGGGACAAAACCAUAGUAGGCGUCGUAACGAACUCAGAUAACCGCGUCCCGGGGAUACUGUCGUCCUUCGGUGUCAACGUGGGUCCCUCGCGUUACCAAGAUAUGAAACCCUCCAAUACCAAGGAUGGAGAGUAUGACAUCGAUUUCACGGUUCUGUCUUACGACGUCGGAGUCGAGAAACCAGAUCGACGGAUCUUUGCUGCGGCGGAGGAGAUACUCGACCACAAGCUAGAGGCCGCUUCGAUGAACAGUGGUGAAGACUUCAAAGCAGAGGAGUUUGAGAAGAUCUACGUAGGCGACGACCUCCACAAGGAUGUUUUCGGCGCUCAAGACGCAGGCUGGUCGAGCGUAUUGCUAGAGAGAGAUGCAAAUCUGGCAGGUGGCCAAGGCUACGGGCUGAAGAUGGAAGAAAAGGGAGGAGAGAUAGGAGAAGAAGGUGAGGUAAUCAGUCAGAACAGAUUGGUGCCACAGGUUGGUUCUUUGCUCGAUCUGUGUGCGUGGCCACGAAGACCUCAACGGCAUGAAAUAUCGCCCGUGCGAUACGUGUAUAUAAAGGGCCCUGAGGAAGCAUCGUCAGAGAAGGACAAGCGUCGACUACGAAAGCAGAUGUAA